AAGCACCUGAAUGGCUUGUAGCAUCCACCGUCACAAUUCAAAUUCCUCGCAAUUUUCCCUUUGGACGCCGACCCUUGCCCGCCAUUUUUAACUCUCUUGAAGAAUAUCCCAAGCAUAUCUUCCUACAAUUUCACAAAUUAUUAUGUUAAUCUCUUCCACGAGUACGAUAAUGAGAGGAAAACCCCCAAAUUAUCAAAAUUUUCUAAUGCUUCUGAUUAUUGGGCACAAAUCCCUUUCGUCUUACAGAGUUGUUCUUCAUUACGCUAAACCUAUUGAUUUCGAUUUCGAUUUUGAUUUCUUCUAUAAAAGGGAACUUGAUUUCUACUGCGAUUCAGUCCUUAGUUGUCGAUUUUUUUUUUUUUAAAUCGUUUCUAUGGAGACUCCUCUUACUUCGUCUCGUAUUAUCAUUGCUUAUGAUGCUACUAAGGAUCGCACUGAACACGAGCUUCAGCUUACUCUAAGGAACUUGUGGAUGAGAGGUGACAUUCUUCGUGGAGGCGAUACGCUUAUUGUGCUUGGAAUUCUUCAUAAAGUGACUCAUCCGAUGGGUUACCAAUUGAAAGCUUGUCCCGACUCGAUUUUUGGAACCAGCGUUCGUGCAAUGGAGGAAGAAGUUUCAAAGAAAGCUGAUGCAUAUAUCACCAUGCUUCAGCGAAGUGCAGAGACGUGUGAAGAAGGAGGGGUCAGCAUUGAAGUCAGAAUUACUGCUGGUUUCCCCAUUAAGAAUGUUAUUCUACAAGAAAUUGUGGUCUUUAGCGCGAGCUGGGUUAUACUCGAUAGGUUUGGCAGUUUCUCUUAGUGAUUACUCGUGCCCAAUCUUUCCUUUUAUUUAGCUAGUGUUUCUAUUUUAAUUAGUGAUGUGAUGAUGUCUGCUCUGCUGCAUGUUUUCUUUUAAUUUUUUGUUCCCAUACUUUAUCACUAAUGUAUAUGAUCACUGUGAACAACCUAGUAUUAAGAGACUAUGUGGAUUUGCAGGAGAUUCAUGUCAUUAAAUAUGUGGUAGUGGUAAUUGGGAUUA